ACGAUAGAUUCUGAUCCUCGUCGAUCGGCCAUUCUGUAACCGCGCGUGCGAUGGGCGGCCGCGCUACACGCUACAAAAAUAUAUAUUUUUAAUCUACCCACAACCGCCUGCAAUUUUAUAUUAUGCUAAAGUAAUAGUGCAGAAUUUCAAACCGUGCAACCGUGACAGUAAUUAAAGUGGGAUACAGGACAAUUGUGAUUGUGUAUGGACCUAUGUGAACAUUGCAAACUUCAUGAGUUCUCCAGAAAUUAAAAUGUCAUUGGAGCAUCAAAUACCGGUGUUGAUGAAAAAGACGCAAAUGAGUGGUGAUCGCGCCAACUCCCAGUGCGGUCUGACAUCGCUAUUGCCCAUGUCUUGUCGCGGACGCGCUGCGGCGUUCGCUCGCGACCUACACUCUAGACUUCGCAACCUUGGCGCCGCGCAAGAUGGAGAAUGUGUACACGAGAACACCUGGCUCACGCGUGACAACGGCCCACAUCGACCAUGCACAUCUGCUCAACGGGAACUGGAUACUUUCUACGAUUUUGAGCUGGAAUGUGAAAGCCCGUCUAGUCCCGUAGAUGAAGAUGAUGCCCCUUUACCUCAACGACUUUCAGAAGAUACCGAACCGCCUUACUACGACGUCGACUGUGACGAACUCAAGGAACAAACCAAAUUAAUGUUAAAGCAACCCGACAAUGGUAAAAAUGGAUUUAAAUUCUCAACAGCUUUUUACACAGAAUCACCCAUCAAAAUGCAGCCUACGCCUAAAGAAAAUGGGCAUGCAGAUAAACCAUUAUACUCUCCAAUAACUUUCGAAGGUUGUGCUCGACAUAAUAGCUACGAUGAAAUAGAUUGUUCGAUAUUAUCACCUAUUACCCUCGGGGAGAAUGGCAGGAUACACUUACCUAAUCACAUAAAUUCUACCGUUGAUAGUGAUUCUGAAUUCGAAUCGGCUAAAAGCGAACCUUCGGAUGCCAUUGAAGAUGAUUUACAAAACGGAAAAAGGUUAGAAAACGAUAUUAGUGCUGAUGUAGAAAACUUAUCUCUCAUUGAUGUAGAGCUUUUGGAUGAAGAAACUAUAGUUGAAACAACAGAGAUUGCAGAACCUACCAGUAAGGUCAACGAAGCAGAAAUCCAGCUUAAAGUAGUCAGUUCGGAAGUAUGUGUAAAUGAAAAAGAGUCUUCGCCUGCAGAAAUUGAGCAAUCACUUGUAAACAAUGAGUCUCAAAUUGACGAAGAAGCUGAGGAUGACAGACCCCAGCGAGUACGUCGCUGUUCAUCAUUAAAAACUGGAAAAACGCCUCCUGGAACACCAGGACGUAAAAAGAUUGUACGAUUUGCGGAUGUUCUAGGUUUAGAUCUGGCAGAUGUGAAAACAUUUAUGGAUGAGAUACCAGUUAUUCCAAAAUCCGCUUACGAUGAUCUCGCUGGAUGUGAUGUACAAAAUUCACCACCAGUGCGACCAACCCCAAGACUUGGUGCUCUAACGCUAGUUCCGCUGUUUCAAGUGCCUCAUGAUGUAACUGAAAAACUCGAAAGACAAAAUGUUUGUUUAGAAAGCGCAAGAGUGUCUGAUGGUGUUCACGUCACAGUAUGUGGCUCGGUUCGUGUAAGAAACUUAGACUUUCAUAAGACUGUCCACAUUCGUUAUACAAUGAAUCGAUGGAGAACUUACACGGACCUCCAGGCGACGUACGUUCAGGGCUCAUGUGAUGGUUACUCUGACCGCUUCCAAUUUGUUUUAUACGCACCAUGUAUAGCUUCAGGACAGAGGUUAGAAAUAGCAGUGAGGUUUCAGUGCAAAGGACAGCAGUUUUGGGAUAAUAAUAGCGGAGCAAACUACUGUUUUGAUUGCUUAGCUUUGGGGGCAACACUAAAUCCACCUUCGCCCCCAGGGGCUCUUCACCCCACUCUGGACUGGCAUCCCUCCUUCUACUGAUGCGAUCUAGCUAGCUUGAAGCGUAAGAGAAACGAAUACGUCGAUGGCGUUAGAAAAGAACAUUGGUGGAGUAUCUGGCAGGUCCUGGUUCGACUGUGUGUAUGCAAGGCGGCUCGCAGGACGCCUGUUGCUAGUCACAUUCCUGUGCCUGCUUCCAUUGCUGUCGGUUCCUACACGAGAGAACUUGGCGUACUAAAUUAUUGAGGCUUCAGAUGUAAAGCAAUGUUGUGAUAUACUUUAGAUUAGGUGUAGAUACUAUGUAACGAGUGAACGACUCGUGAGGAGUGC